GCGGAAAAAAACAAGAGAAAUCUGUAUGUAGCCGUGUAGUACCGUUACCGCGGGGCUGUGCUAAGAGAAAGUUCUUCAGUACUAGCAAGGGGCUUUUCAGAUCUCUGCAGACCCAGAAAGUGUAGUCCGGACUCAGAUACGGCACAGUGGAAGCAAGACUGGCCAUUCUAAAUCUUUUUGCUGAUUUCUGGACGUACUCUAUCUACAAGUGUCACAUGGGUGAUUCAGACUGAACCUUUAGGCUUUUCAAACACAGUCUAUAAAGGGUUUGCUGGAAUGGGAAAUCUUCUUAAAGUCCUUACAAGGGAAAUAGAAAACUGUCCUCAUUUUUUUCUGGAUUUUGAAAAUGCACAGCCUACUGAAUGUGAAAAAGGAGUUUGGAAUCAAGUUAAUGCCGUACUGCAGGAUUCUGAAAAUGUCCUCACUGGUCUUCAAGCUUACAAAGGAGCUGUGCAAGAGAUAAGAGAAGCAAUACAAAAUCCAAAUGAUAUCCAUCUACAAGAACAAGCAUGGAAUGCUGUUUGCCCUUUAGUUAUAAAACUAAAGAGGUUCUAUGAAUUCUCCUUAAGACUAGAAAAAGCUUUACAGAGUCUGUUGGAAUCACUAACAUGUCCGCCCUACACACCAACUCAGCACCUAGAGAAAGAACAAGCUCUAGCAAAGCAGUUUGCUGAAAUUCUUCAUUUUACUCUUCGCUUUGAUGAACUCAAGAUGAGAAAUCCAGCCAUUCAGAAUGACUUCAGUUACUACAGACGAACAAUAAGUCGCAACAGGAUAAACAAUAUGAAUUUAGACAUUGAACAUGAAGUAAACAAUGAAAUGGCUAACAGGAUGUCACUUUUUUAUGCUGAAGCUACGCCAAUGUUAAAGACUCUGAGCAAUGCCACAACUGCAUUUGUGUCUGAGAACAAAACAUUACCACUGGAGAACACAACAGAUUGCUUAAGUACUAUGGCAAGUGUUUGCAAAGUUAUGUUGGAAACUCCGGAUUACACAAGCAGAUUCAACAGUGAAGAGACUCUAUUGUUCUGUAUGAGAGUCAUGGUGGGAGUAAUUAUUCUUUAUGAUCAUGUACAUCCUGCUGGUGCCUUUACAAAAUCUUCCAGAAUUGAUAUGAAGGGUUGCAUAAAGGUUCUUAAAGAACAACCAGCAGAUAAUGUGGAGGGCCUUCUCAAUGCACUCAAGUUUACCACAAAGAGUCUGAAUGCUGAAACAACUCCAAAAACUAUUCGGGCUAUGCUUCAAUAAAGAAUGCUCAAGGAAGAGGAUCAAUGUGCUGACCUCAAAAGAUGUAUAUGUUUACAUAAUUUAAAACAUUUGAUAUUGAUACUUGUGUAUUUACAUAGAUGUACCCUUCAGUUUAUGAACAGAAGAUAUCUUUAUUCUAAAGUAAAUUUCAAAUGCUGUUAUUUUAUAAAGCACACAUGAUUAAUGCCUUAUGAAACAUGCAAAACUGCACAGUACACAGUUUUUUCUUUUCAAUUUUACUUUUAACAGUACAGUUGUUUUAUAAUACCCAUUCUAAUGAUUUUUUAUCAAUAUAAUCACAGUUUUGAACAAUAACUUAUUUUCCAAACACUGUUUUAAAAAUACAUUCUAUAACUUUUGAGAUGACACUGGAAAGAUUGUGUUUGUUGGAAAAAAAAUUGAAAAGGCAUUUGUAAUGGCAUUAAUAAUGUUUUGCUGUAGUCAUAAUUUUAAAUACAAAUGUAGACAAUGUCUAUCAAUAGGACGUGUUUAAAAGUAAAACUUAAACACUAUUUUUGUAAAAAAAAAAAAUAAAAAAAAUAAUGAAAAACCUGCUGUUGAUUUUCCACUAUCAAUGUUACCCUUUUUUUUUUUUUCUUUUUAAUAUUGUUGAACAUUUGUAAUUUAAGGCAUUGAUGCAGCAACUAAAGCUUAAAGUCAAAUAGCUAUUAUUUAUCAAGGGUUAUAGGGUUUUAGCUAAGUUCACCUUUGUUUGAAAGAUUAUACCAUCCAGCUUAAUCAUAUGUUAAGUUGAAGUCAACAAGGUCAAAUAUUUAGCAGAAAUGUACUAAACUAAAUUAUUUCAGUGUUUUACAUUUGUUUUUAAGGCAUUGAAUUCAUUGGUUAUUUAGAUAUAAUCUUGGAGGUUUACCAGUUACUUUCUAAUACAGUGGAACCUCUAGAUACGAGUUUAAUUCGUUCCAGCACUGAGCUUGUAUAGCGAAUUUCUCGUAUCUAGAACAAACUUCCCCAUUGAAAAUAAUGGAAAUCCAGUUAAUCCGUUCUGCACCCC